AUGCCUGAGCAGCUGCUGGAAGGAGUUGGAAUGACUGUGAUGGAUGAGAUCACGGGACAGUAUAAGCUGCCAGAGGUAGGAAGCGGAUUAUUUUGGCGGGGGAGACUUGUAGACCCUUGGUAUAGGUUUUUGAGAGCAUUGGAAGUGUCACGCCAGAGUCCGAUUGCAUGUUGGUUUAGUGCUAUGCUCUACUGCUUUGGUGGGUCUGUUCUGUCUUCCUUGAUGCUUGCAGAGCCUCCUGUAGGGUUCCUUGCCAACAGCACUAAUAUCUUCCUGGCAUCUUCGAUCUGGUAUCUUGUAUUUUAUUGUCCACACGAUUUAGUCUACAGAUGUUUUUCCUUUCUGCCUCUUCGGCUGAUGGCUGCAGGAAUGAAAGAAGUGACUAGGACUUGGAAAAUAACAGCUGGAAUUGCACAUGCAAACAGCCACUUCAAAAACGCUUGGUUUGUCAUGGUAGCUGUUGGCUGGGCCAGAGGAGCUGGUGGUGGCUUAAUCUCAAACGUCGAGCAGUUGGUGAGAGGUGUUUGGAAACCUGAAAGCAACGAACUUCUGAAGAUGUCCUACCCUGUAAAAGUGACUCUGGUAGGUGCAGUGCUCUUCACGUUGCAACAUGCCCAGAACCUGCCGAUAGCGAGACACAACCUUAUGUUCUUUUACACCACCUUUCUAGUGGUCACAAAGGUAACUAUGAUGCUGACACAAUCUGCAAUUUCUCCAUUUGCUCCUUUUGAGGCUGUGCUGGGCCAAAUGCUCUUUGGUUGGCAACAAACUCCAUCUAAAGUAAAGAGUGAGGCCAGAGUAUCUUCCAAUGGAACUUCUUCAGGCUGUGACUCUGCUGCUGGAGAGGCCAGUGAAAGCAUUAAGAAAAGACAGGCAAAGAAAACCGAAUAAGUGAUGGGGAAAAAUGUCUCUUGUUACACGUGCCCAUAACACUUUAAAACAUUUAUAUUUCAAAUGAUGGGAAAAAGAAAAUGGUAGGUCAGGAAAUGCAUGGGACAACAGACUGGCAGCAAUGAUAAGCUUUGUGUAUUACUGUAAUGUAGUUAGCCUUUAAAGUAUAUUUUUAAAUUGCAAUUCAGAUAUUGGGAUUGUGUGUAUCAUGGUAGAUGUUUUUCAGCUAAAUGGCACUAAAGAAGAGAUUUUUAUAGUGAUGAUGACUUUACUAAAUGAGAAAUUUUUAUAUUUAUGAAAAAACUAUAUAACCCCCCCCCUCCAGAAGUUAGUAA